GAUUCAGCUCAAACUGUUUUCUCAAUAGACGAUCUCUUAAUUGCGAUUUUCUUUUGCCUCCCGAUAAAGGACCUCAUUCAAUUCAGACGAGUUUCAAAGCACUGGCGUCGUCUCAUCAGCAAUCCAAGCUUCUAUAUCCAGCGCAAUCCCAUUCCCAAUCCACCCACCGGCAUUAUCCUGCAGUGUCUGCACUACGUGGCCCGUCUUCGGGUACAAUACGUCCCCUUCACUAUCACGGGCAUGAAAUCAACCAACCCACAGUUAGAAAAACUGAAGUUGGUCAAGGACAUGUCCGACAUCAGGAUCCUGCACUCUUGCAAUGGCCUCUUACUCUGUUCAAGCUUCAGGGCCCGUGAUAUCAAUCGAAAGUACUAUGUUCACAAUCCCACCACCAAUAAGUUUGUCCUACUUCCCAAACUAGACUCGGCGGGAAUAUGUGGGAUGAGCUUGGCUUUUGAUCAACUCAACUCUCCUCAUUACAAAGUUGUUUGUGUCCAUAACCAGCGCCAAAUCGAGGUUUAUUCAUUGGAAACGGGCUCUUGGAGAAAUCACGGGCAGACCCCACAAGUCCUGGUAGAGUUCGAAAAUGGGGUGUAUUGGAAUGGAGCCAUUCACUGGACUAGCAUUGGAUAUAGAAAUGAUUCUCUAUAUUUCAAUGUUGAUAACCAGUUGUUUGGGACAAUGCCAAUUCCUCCUGCCUGCUGGAAUUGUGUAGACUAUUGUUAUUUUGGAGAGUCUUUUGGACACUUGCACUAUAUCAAGGGGAUUGGGCGGAGCUUGCAAUUUAAGGUGUACGAGAUGAGGAGGGACUAUUCUGAGUGGUUUGUUAAGUACGAGGUAAAUCUUUUGCCUCUUUUAAUGGCUUAUCCAAGUAUGAAUCUUACUCGUGUGAGCCCAAUAAUGAAUUUAUCUCGCUACGCAUUUUCUAUACUUUGUUUAGUUCGAGGUGAGAAGGAGGAAGGUUCAUUCUUGGUUGUGCAGAUUCCUGGAAAAGCCAUUCAGUAUAAUGUCGCUUGUCAGACUUUCGGGAUGUUUUGCGAGUUCGCGGGUUCUUAUUUAGUAGGUCAUUUAAGGUAUUCGGGUGUGGAUGCAUUUCAAUACGUUGAGACCCUUUGUUGUGUUUAG